AUUUGUCAUCUACUCUGCAGUAACCAUUGGUGCUCUCUUCCUUGUUUCAGGGAUGCCUUAAAUAAGAUGAAGGAUGUUUACCAAAAGACACCACAGAUGGGAGACCCCAACAGCUUGGAGCCAAAGAUCUCAGAGACCCUGGGCAAUAUUGAAAGGUUGCGUCUAGAGAUUCAGAAAUGUGAAGCUUGGCUGGCGGAUGCCGAGAGCAGGAUGCUGAGCAACCGCCCAGACGCAGUUACCCGCUAUAACCGCCACGUGGAUCCUGCCAGUGCCCUGAACAACAACAACUGCACCCAUGAGAAGGACAGGUGAGAGCAAGCAAUCAAAGAAGAGCCACUUUGAGGUUCCUGAGAUGGGACCGAGACACUCGCACCACAGUUCCAGCUGCCGUGGUUCCUCCGGAGUCAUCCCGGAGAUUGUGGUGCUGAUCUGCAGGAUUCCUAGGUCUUUCCUCAGGAUCCGGCCAGUUGCUCCUCCUCUCGAGCAAUUCUGAGUCUUCAAUGAAGUUAGAACUGGAUUUGAAGGGAAAAGACACAUCCUGUCCAGGUUUGAGGUCACUUUUUCCCCCCCUUUCCACAAAAAGCUGGAGACAGAUUUCUUUCCCCGACAAAACUUUUUAUCUACGAAAACAAAUAGUCCUCGUUCAUCACAAUUGGGAACAGCAACUUGGCUGUUA